UCUGAGGCCGACCAUCCGGAGAAAACGCUGACCGACACAAGCCACAAUAAUUGUAAAGGGCAUCAAUAACAUUUAUCGAUGAUCACGGUUCAGAAGGCAUCGCUGGUAUUUUGGUGCGCCAUCGCUUCUACUUUUUCCCGGGUAGUUCAUGGUCGAACUAACUGUGAGCAGCUGUUCGGUUCAGUAAUUUCGGCAAUUCCUCGUGGAGGUGAGAUCGCGGUGCCGUCAGUCGCGCCGUCCUUCUUACCGACAGGUGGUCGCUCAGACGACACGCACAGGCGAAAGAGAGUCGUAAAAAAGAAGAAAGUGCACAAAGGGGAAUCGAAAUUGCCGAUAACUCAAGACGAUCGUUAUUCCAACGGCGAAAGAAAAGCAAAGCAAAAGAAGAUAAAGAAAGUGAAAAAGAGAAAGGUUUCGCAGCCGGAAUCUUCUGAAAGUUCUCCGAGUAACGUUGCGAAGCAGCUGGAAGCGCCGCAAUCAAGAAAGCAAAAAAGGAAAGUAAAAAAGAAACACAUUGAUACGUCCAAUGAGCCCGCUGUCGCUUGGGCGAAGAAGGAAUUUCGAUCCCGGUCACCAUCGGUAAAGGGGGGACCUGUGAACUCAGUGGUAAGCGAAAAGCAGAAUGGUUUGCAGAAGUUACCGCAGAAGAAAAGUAAAAAGGUCAAAAAGCGCAAAAAGGAGGCCGGCGAAGGGAAGGAGCAACCGUUAUCUCACCCGGACCAAAGAAUGCCCCCCGGGACUCCGGCUCAAGACUCUUCGCAAAGUAAGGGCUCAGAGAGCAGUGAUGACUUGCCGAUUAAUUACUCCGAGAGAGCAGAGAGAGAAGAGACUUCUCUGGUUGAGAAGUCUGAAGCACAAAUCGCUCCAAUCGGACAGCAAGUGGAUGAAGACUCAGAGCGACCUGUCGAGCACACAGUCGAAAAACGAGACGGAGAUUCGACUUCAGGAUCGCCAACACAGAUUGACGCGAAUCUCAAUUCAGCAAGCAGAUUGGUCGACGUCGAAGUCGCCCAAUCUCUUCAGAAUGACACGAAUCUCGACGAUAGGAAAUUACACCAAACAGAACUGAAGUCUUUUGGGACUGAAGAUUCAUUCCAGGAUACUUUUCCAGAAGAGAAGAGCACCGAUCCGGUAGCCGAAGACCACAAUACACCAGUAGUGGCUCCUAGAUUGAGCGGUGAGCCCUCGAUAGACGCUUCUAUUGAAGAAGUCUCUGACUCAAGUGAUACCACCGAUACAGAAGACAGUUCUAGUGACAGCGACGAGAGUGAAACCACAGAGACAGAGGAUAGUUCUAGCGACACCGACGAGAGUGAAACCACAGAGACAGAGGAUAGUUCCAGCGACGCCGAUGAGAGUGAAAUUUCCAUUGAUAUGACGGCAUCAAGCGCCUCUAGUGAUAGAACCGAAAGCUACGAGGAAUCGUUAACGGCUGGCAAUGAGACGGUCGAAGCUGAUCUAGAACAAGGCUAUUCAUUGAAUGAGUCGAAAGACGCCGAAACCGAAUCAAAUUCAGAGGUGAAAAACUUCAAAGACAACCCAACUUUAUCGGGGUUAGCAGGCGAAAGCGAGAACUCGAGUCCAAAUUUUGACAAACGCAUCAAAAGUUGCAAUACUGAAUACACCUCAAAUCGAAACAGCUCGUUGAUUACGGAUAAACAAAGCUUGGCAAGCACAGCAGGCGGAUCCGAAGGAAUUGGGGUGGAUGACGUGCAAACCAACGCAUCUAUUGCAGAUCGAAACUUUUCCUCUUUGGAAGAGGGAGAGGGACACUAUGACGCAACUAGUGACGACGAAGACAAGAAAUUUAAGCAACUCGAUGCUCCAUCUUUGGAAGAUUCGGACUAUGCGGCUGGGGAAGGCAGCAUGAACAGAAACUGGAAAGUCGACCUCUCUGAGCUCCGAUCGCUGCAGGACCAUGAAGAUGAUAUAAAUGUGUCGAUUGUAACUUGGAAUUUAGCUGAAGAGUCACCUUCAGAGGAAGACGCCUCAUUUAUUCGACGUUUUCGACGCCGAAAUGAUGUACAGAAGUCCAGCGAUUUCGUACUGAUAUCAGGACAGGAGUGCGAAAACAUUAAGCCGAGAAGGACAGAAGGACAUCGAUCUCGAGAGUUCCGGCGGUUGAUGAUCAAGAUGUUGGGGAAACAAUAUGUGCCCAUAGCGCUGCAUUCUCUAGGUGGAAUUCAAUUCGGAUUGUUUUGCAAGCGAUCGAUUCUAAGUGAGGUUGAAACUAUCUCUGUCGCGGACGUUACCUGCGGAAUUGGCAACGUAUUCCACAACAAAGGCGCUAUCGCAGCAUUCGUCCAGAUCAAGGCGAAACAAUGUAGCGAGGGGGAAGCCAUCGGACCAAAUCGUGACAAGUCCGUACGGAUGAUGUUUGCGACCGCCCACAUGGCGGCUCACGUGAAGAACACUGAGGCUCGAGACUCUGAUUUCUGGAGAAUUGUGUCUGAGCUGGAAGCGCAAGCGCCGCCGAGAUUUCUCUCAUCAAAUAUUGUCGAGUCUAGCAAGGAAAGGGAAUGCUCAGGAUCAAAGCUUCUAGAAUCAAUGGAUCGCAUUUUCUUUUGUGGGGAUCUUAACUACCGAGUUGACCUUCCUCGCGAAAUUUCUGAGCACACUCUGCUUCAGAUGAAGCGCCUCCAGGAGAUCGGAGACGAAAAGUCUUUACAAAAGGCCGAACUCUUGCGAUUAGAGCUCUUGAGACACGAUCAACUCAUCUGUAGCAUGUCUGAGAAACGAGCCUUCCCAGGCUUUGCGGAAGGAAAAAUAUCCUUUGCGCCGACUUUUAAAUUUGACAAAGGCACACCAGAGUACGAUAGCUCGUAUAAACAACGCAUACCUGCAUGGACAGAUCGCGUUCUAUUCAAACCCAUCGGGACGCGGGUACUGGAGUAUGAUAGCAUCUCGGAUGCUCAGCAUUCCGAUCAUCGUCCAGUCUACGCCACGUUUCGCGUCAGUCGUCAAGGGCGGCAAGUUCCCAAAUCGAAGCCGAGAACAAAGAAGCGAAGCCGUCGGAAGUGAACGCACAUAUACCUACAAGUUAGCUCCAAGUUACUGGAUUUUAAGAUAGAAGCCAUUUAGUGUACGAUAAUCGCCGGAUACACCUGAG